AUGUGGUUCUGUGUGUUUGUGGUUCUGUGUGUUUGUGGUGCUGUGUGUUUGUGGUUCUGUGUGUUUGUGGUUCUGUGUGUUUGUGGUUCUGUGUGUUUGUGGUUCUGUGUGUUUGUGGUUCUGUGUGUUUGUGGUUCUGUGUGUUUGUGGUUCUGUGUGUUUGUGGUUCUGUGUGUUUGUGGUUCUGUGUGUUUGUGGUUCUGUGUGUUUGUGGUUCUGUGUGUUUGUGGUUCUGUGUGUUUGUGGUUCUGUGUGUUUGUGGUUCUGUGUGUUUGUGGUUCUGUGUGUCUGUGGUUCUGUGUGUUUGUGGUUCUGUGUGUUUAUGGUGCUGUGUGUGUUUGUGGUUCUGUGUGUCUGUGGUUCUGUGUGUUUGUGGUGCUGUGUGUUUAUGGUGCUGUGUGUGUUUGUGGUUCUGUGUGUUUGUGGUUCUGUGUGUUUGUGGUGCUGUGUGUUUAUGGUGCUGUGUGUGUUUGUGGUUCUGUGUGUUUGUGGUUCUGUGUGUUUGUGGUUCUGUGUGUUUGUGGUUCUGUGUGUGUUUGUGGUGCUGUGUGUGUUUGUGGUUCUGUGUGUUUGUGGUUCUGUGUGUGUCUGUGGUUCUGUGUGUCUGUGGUGCUGUGUGUUUGUGUGGUUCUGUGUGUCUGUGGUUCUGUGUGUGUUUGUGGUUCUGUGUGUUUGUGGUUCUGUGUGUGUCUGUGGUUCUGUGUGUUUGUGGUUCUGUGUGUUUGUGGUUCUGUGUGUUUGUGGUUCUGUGUGUUUGUGGUUCUGUGUGUUUGUGGUUCUGUGUGUUUGUGGUUCUGUGUGUUUGUGGUUCUGUGUGUGUCUGUGGUUCUGUGUGUUUGUGGUUCUGUGUGUUUGUGGUUCUGUGUGUUUGUGGUUCUGUGUGUCUGUGGUGCUGUGUGUUUGUGGUUCUGUGUGUCUGUGGUUCUGUGUGUGUUUGUGGUUCUGUGUGUUUGUGGUUCUGUGUGUUUGUGGUUCUGUGUGUGUCUGUGGUUCUGUGUGUUUGUGGUUCUGUGUGUUUGUGGUUCUGUGUGUUUGUGGUUCUGUGUGUGGUCUUGUGAGUCACGAUAUGACUCUAGGUUACAGUCCUUCAUGAAUGUGAAAGCUGGUGACUGUUGA